AUGAAGAUUCUGCAGGUAAAUCUCAAUCACUGCGAGGCGACACAUGAUCUGCUUAUGCAGACUGUGCGUGAACUGAAAGUAGAUCUGGCAAUAGUAUCAGAACCUUAUAAACAUUUGAAUACACAGCCGUGGGAAACGGAUAGAACUGUAGGAGCAGUCAUCUGGUCUUGUAGCAAGCUGCUUUUCCAAAAUGUUAUAAAUACAGAGGCGUGUUUUGUAGCAACAAAGGUAGAGGAUAUAUAUUUUUAUAGUUGUUAUGCUCCGCCCAGCCUUUCCUUUGAUGAAUAUGUAAACUUCCUUGAUCGACUGACCCAGAGUGCAAAGCAGCACUUUCCUGUGGCCAUAGCUGGAGAUUUUAAUGCCUGGGCUGUAGACUGGGGCAGUAAAGAAACCAAUGCAAGAGGGAACGCGCUACUAGAAGCUAUGGCAAUAUUAGAUGUAGUCCUGUUGAAUAACGGAGAUAAACCUACAUUUGUAAGAGGAGAAGCGAACUCAAUAGUGGACUUCACAUUUGUAAGCUGCUGCCUGGUAAAAGGAAACCUUUCAUGGAAAAUGAUUUUUGGGGUCAUCGGCUGUAAUUUUGUCCCGGGGAGAGAUUGGGCCAAAGUUUGCUGCAAUAGUGUCUCCUCCCACACUGUUACCUAG